AUGUGCAUGGCAGGCCCGAUGAUGGUUGCUGGCCUGCAUGAAGCACUGCUAGACUUCAAGGUAUUGAAGGCGUUGAAGAGGAGGACAUAUAUUCCGGAGAGAUUUGUUAAUGAGCUGAGGGUGUCUGAGGAAAUACCUCUUGAUCCCAUGGGCCAUAACGCGGCAGGAAAUAAUGCGGCAGGCACAAUUGACCCCAACGAUGAUCACGAAGGCCUAGAUGGCUUGAGGGAUAAGGUGGAACUCCUGGUGACCGUUCUUGCUGGCAACCUUGUACUCAAGACCUAUGAGCCCUGGCCUAACAACCUUGUGUUGAUUUCUAAUUCGCUACUGGCUACGGGGAGACGUCGGUUCAAUGCUAUGAGACCGCAUCCUGCCCAGACACCUUCAGCCUUACCCGUACCAGACAUGCUACCGAACAGCGAGGCAAACCAGAAUUAUCCCAGCUUGUCCGAACAGCUCAAGAGGCUCAUGACGGCGCAGUCUGCCUUCGGCGCCAUCGUCGGGGCAGCGGUCGUGUUUUACCUCGGCGCCUUUAUCUACACCAUCCUGGACCUACUCGGCGAUAAGAGUAACCAGGAUGCCGCCAUCUCCCUGGCCUUUGGUGUCGAAUGGAUGAUUAUCGUGCACGUUGCAAUCGUCAACGGGUUCCUUCUUGCAAGCAACAACCCUAGUCCAGUCACCAUGCUCAUCGGGCGACCGCUCUCGACUCGCAAGCCACUGAAAAGAAUUAUAUUCCCUCCCAUCUAUGACGGUAUACUUCAGCCAGUGUUUAUGUGGCGCCGGGGGAUUAAUAAGAUGGAGUGGCUCGAGAAGUCGCGAGCGUGGCGGCGCAGGGAUAAGAGGUUCAUGAAUGAUGUCCGAAUCAAGAAGCGGGAAUAUCUAGGCUGGAUCAUACUGCCCACCAUCAUUCUUAUUUCCCUACCUCCGGCGGCUGGGGCCGUGGUGGCGUGGCAAACUCCCCCAAGGGGUUGGGGCUGCCGGUCACUCAGCCUUGUCACCUACGCAGGGUUCCAGAUGGUGCUUACACCGUUGUACUUCAUCAUCACACGCAAGACGAAACGGAAGACAACAAUGCAGCGCAUCAUCCACUGGAUAUGCGUUCUAGUGUUCAGCGUUACGAUUCUGUUAGCUCUCUUCACUAGCAUCGCGACGACUCUCAUGCAGAUCAUUGGAGUCUUUCGGAACUGCUUCUGCUACGUGAACAGUGGGAUGUGGCUCAAUCUAAACAACGCUGUCGUCAAUGUAGCUUCCAAUACGAAAGACCGGAGAACCUCAAGCGACGGGUGGAUUGUUAUGGGGGGAGUUGCCACCGGUUUCAUGGCAGCGUGUUCUUUUUUUGGGUGGUGGUUCCAGAUGAACAUCCGAGUCAGUUUCGAGGAUGCGAUUAAGGAUAUCGAUGACUUGUUCUACUGA